ACGAUUUCAACGCGUCUACACGGCAGACAGAACAACCGCGAUAGCCACGUAUACCAACAAAGAUUGACUCUAGAGCAAGAGAACUUCCUUGUACAAUGGAUACUUGAAGGAGACGCACAAGCUUUUCCUCCCUUACACGCACGCGCAUGA